AUGACUUCUCAAUCAAUUCCCGGCGAGGCGCUUAACGCUUCUGAUCCAAGUAGCUAUACCACAGAGAAAAACAGCCGCCGUGAGCAGCCUAACGAUGUUACGUGCCGACCGGUCUUCAACCCGGCCACAAGGUGCGGCGCCUACUUCCUCCCUAUGGAGAUGCCCUCUCGCGAGCUUUUCCAGAUUUUCCUACCCUAUUCCUUAGUUAAAACAUGGGUUCAAUACACCAAUCGCUGGGUUGAAAGCUUGCUCCAAGACCGCCAUUUAUGGACCCCAGGCACGAAUCUCGCUGUAGAUGAGCGUAUGACCCCAGGGUUCAAAUCCACGACACCACAUCUGGGCUCAGUGUAG